AUGGUGCCCCAGGCGUUCCCGCAGCGCGCGCCGCCACCUCCCGGGAAACUUUCUGGCGGGCAAGGCGGCUGCCACGUCCCCGGCCCGGCUCUGGGUCCCGCGUGCCGCUGCCCGCGCUCCGAGCCCCGCGCUCCCCGCCCGACGCCCCCUCGGCCAGCGCACACUCCCGGCCGGGCGGUGACGUGGCCGAGCGGCCACCGUGCCAGGCGAGCCAGGAAGCGCCGCCGCCCAAGAUCCCGCCUCCCGCCGGCCCAGCGCCUCGGGCCCGGGGCGGGGCGGCCGGGGCGAACCGGGGGGCUUCCGGCCGCGGCCUCUGCCACCCCCAUCCUCCCGCGGCCCCCGCAGUCUCCCGCGCGCCACCCUGAGCCAGCCACGGCGCCCCUGUCGCCCCUCAGUCCCCUCAUCUGCACCCCGGGCGACAGGUGUAUUCCUGAGACACCCAAGACCACUCUCUGGAGCUCGGGGCAGGCCCAGCGCCCUGAGCUCCGAGUCGUGCGCGGCGCGCCAGGGCCGCCGCGAGGUUCCCAUGGCAACCGCAAGCGUCUCCCGAGUGACGAGGCGUCAGCGAAGACCCGGAGCCCGGAUUACAGAACCGGAGCCACGGAGCGACCGGCUCGCGGCGUGGGCCCUGAGGCCACAAACUGCUGGGUGAAUACACCCCUGGGAUUCACUCUCAGCUUUCCAGGUGGGAAGCUGGACCGCUUGGCUACUCCCCGAUACCACGGAGGGCAUGGGGGCAGUGGCAGCGAGGGCUGGUGGAUGAACCUGGGGCCAGGGCUCGUGUGCCACCCCCCCCCCGGAGUCCUCCCCUCCCCACAGCAGGAGCAGCAGCGGGAAAGGUUGGCGGAGGGGGCCUAUUUUGGGAGCGUCUCCUUAGCAACAGCUGCCGCGGCCGUCUGCGGCGGUUUUUCUAUAGUCCUCAGGGCCCUCUGUACAGGCCGUCAAGGCCUCUAUGGGACCAAGGAGGCCUGA